UUGCUUGUUGUUGUUGGCGGUGAAAAUUCAAAAUGGACGAUGUAAAACCUUCGCAGAUUUUAUGCCAUAACAAGCGUUCUGUAAAACAUGCUAUAUGUGCAGUGUGUUCAGCUGUUAGUAAAGCAAUUGCAGAUAGUAGUCAAUUGAAUGACGAUCAGAAAGAACGGCUAACAAAACGAUUUAUUGAGAUGUAUGAAACCACCCAGCAUGAAAACAUCUUAAUAGAUGGUCAGACCUGGAGCAAUGUUGGUGAGGAGACUCCUGACAAAGCACAAGAAUAUGAUCCAAUCGAUGUCAAACGACGCAGGGAGGUGGAGGAAUUGGCAAUAACCUUGGAUGCACAAAUAGUAACGACAACCAGUAAGAGAAAGAACUUCCCAAAGGCAGUAUCACAACAAGUUGCUCGGAAACUGAUGAGUGAACAUGCAGCUCUAGAAGAGUACCACCCUACCCCAGAGGCUAAUGUCGAUGAGGAAAUCAAAUUCUCAUUAUCACAAGCCAGUGAUAGUAUUGUUAAUGCAAAGCUAAAGGAAUCAGCGGAAGGCAUUCUGUCAUGUGUAAAGACUAUUCCAUCUCUUGAAGAAAAGUGUGAGAGAGUAAAUCUGGCAUUGAAUUCUUACUACAAAGUGCAGGAAAGUAAGACAAGUCAAGUUAUCGAUAAACCCAGUCGUGGGGAAUCUGUCAUGGCAUCUUCGAUGAGGGAGCUAACGUCAAGGAUCACUACUGAGACGCCAAGCCCAAUUAAAAGAAAAAGCAAUGUUACAGAUGAGACGUAUGUAAAGAGGUUAAAAAAUCACCCAAUCAGCUAUAACCUUCGUCGGACAUCUUUUCCAAACAAGAAAUAUGUAAAUUAAUUGAUACAGAACUAAGAACAAAAGAAAAGAAAAGAAAUCAGAGACACAUGACAUCAGACUGGCAUAAGCUAAACUGGCUAACAAAAUCUAUUUUGUUUACUGUUAAUUUUUAACAUGAAUUUUGUGUUAGCUAUGUCAAAUAUAUGAUAAUUGUGACUACUGUAUAUUUUAAAAUUUUGGUAACUUGUGAGGUCUCUAAUUAAUGGUAAUAGUUUCUGCUACUAAUAAAGUAAUCUUCUUGAUUGUGAUACCAUUAUGGUAGAAAUAUUAUUGGUACAUUAGUAAUGUAUUAACAACAUUAAAAUUAAUAUUUAAAUGGUAAUUGUUUUCUGAAUAAUUUGUUAAUAAACUAUUAUGCUGCAAGUCUUCCCAUCAUGCUUUAUUCAGUAGUUGCCAGGCUGACCAUGGAAUUGGUCCAUUUUGUGACUAAAAUCAUUCUGGUUCAGUAAUUGGUCAAUCUAGUGUAACACUACAGUAUGAUUCAAUAUCUGAUAAUGUUUAUGUGUACUAUACAAUAGUCAGCCAUGUAUAUCUUGCUGAUUAUUCUUGGGCAGAGUUUCUGUUUCAGAUAGGCAUUAUCUGGGAUUCUGGAGAUUUUAAGAUAUUUUCCUCAUAGAAUAUGUUGAUGAAUUUAUGGUAAUUGCAGAUAUAUAAACUGCAUCAAUUCAAAAAAUGAAGUCCUUGUAAAUAAAAUGGUUUUGAGGUGGUUCUUGAAUACAUUGAAUUUCAAGAGUGCAUUUAUAUAUACUGUACUGUAUUAAAUGCACGCUAUCAUGUUGGGAUUCAAUAUUUCGACAUUAAUUAUGUCAUCAUCAGGAAUGAUACUACAUACUGUACUAAAUUUCCUAUACAGUAUUUAUUGUCCGUGUGUGUGCUAUUGUGGCGAAGGAUAGAAUUCAGUAUGUUAUUCCUUAGAUCUUCUUUUACUUAUCGCUAAAUAGAUUAAAAAACUAAUGAAUUUUAAUAAUAAAUUGAUUGAUAAUUGUACAGAAUUAUAUUUUAGAAUGUAUUAUUGUAUAAGCAAGCUUGAUUAAUUUGUGUUUAUCUUUAAAUUUAAAUUUUUCAUUUUAAAAUUUUCCCUGUCUAUUCUUUCCUUAUAAACAAUGAAAAUAUGUUACAUGCAUAUUUAGUGUAUUAAUAAAGUCAUACGCUUGAAAGUAA